UGGCCCAGGUUGAGGUACAGUCGCAAUCAAUUGAAACGGGUCGAAGAAUUUUUGCAUACAUUGUCGGAUCGAAUACUCGAGCUACUUAGCUAGUUAGUUUAUUUUAUUUAGUUAGUUAGUUAGUAAGAGUCGAGUAGGGUGGAAGGCAGCCGAGGACAACGGUUUUUUUGGCGCUUAUAGCCAAAAAGCAACGCGUUUGCUCCGUGUGCAACGAAACAACACACAAGACACUACACAACACAACACAACACAACACUCUACACUCCACACUCCACACAACGAAAUCAUGCCCAUACACUGGGACUGGGACUGGGAGCACGAGCACGAGCACGAGCAUGGCGGAGGACACUUUCACUGGCCGCCGAGGAGGCAUUGGUCGACGGGUGAGCCGAAGUGUCGACAACGGCGAUAUCAUCUCUCCCAUGAGAUGGAUGUAUGCGCCCGGGAGUUUCAUCUGCGGGUAGAUGACAGCGCCUGGUGUCACGGCUCUUGUCUGGUCGGACGCGUGGUCAUCGAGACGGGCACGGAGCCGGACUCACUCGGACGGGGCACCUUUAAAGUGGUGCUGGAUGUGCAUCAUUUUCAACUGUCCGAGCUGACGGUGAAGGCGAAGAACACCGAUACCAUCUGCGUGGAGGGCCAACAGUCGGAUGAUCGCGCCGAUAAAGGACAACUGUGCAUCACAAAGGAGUUUACACGCUGCUAUAAGCUGCCCCGGCACUAUGAUGCAACACAGGCGCGUGCCACAUUCUCGGCGGACGGCAUACUUAUGGUAACGGUGCCAGCACCACCCAAACUGGACGAUGUGGAGCGUGUGGUGGACAUUGAACCCACUGGCAAUUACUUUGGCAGCAUUGCGGAUCCCAGUGCAUCCAAGGCCAUUGAGCUGGCUACUGACGAUUCAGCGGAUGGUGGCGAGGCUAAUCCUGCUGGCACAGCGACGGACAAAUGAAGCUGGCGACGUCUGACGGUCGCGCGUAACUGGCGUCCUUUCUCCAACUGGAAGAAGCGUCUGCUAGGACGCGUGAAGGCCGUCAGAGGCGGUCGUUUGGCUUGAAAGAAGCUAAACAAGAGUAUGCGGGACAAUUGGAACCCUGGCGUAGCCAGUGCACCCUGCAGCAUCUGUAACCCCUAAAAACUAAAUACUACACUAUUACUUAAUAUUCAAAUAAUCGAAAAUAGUUACGUUCUUGUUAUAAACACUUAGUGAAAUUGUUUAAAACGUUAUCAAAUAUGGCCCCUAGAAUCAAUAACUAUAACAUCAUGUAAUCCUUAAGGUUUUAUGUCUUUGCUACUUGCGAUUCUGCUUAAUGCCAAUAAAGGACUUUAUCAUCAACAC